AUGUCAGACGCUCCGCGAUAUGUGUUAUACGAGCACGCAGUGGGAUAUGCGUUGCUUCGUGUGAAGGAAUUCGAGGAUAUUGGGUUGAUGAUACCUGAGGUGGAGGAGUCUGUGGCUGAUGUGCAAAGAUUCUGUUCGAUAGUUAAAUUGGUGGCUUUCGAACCGUUUAAGAAUACUGAAGCCGCGUUGGAGAAUUGUGUGGUACAUCAGGAUUUGGUGAAUUUUUUGGAGGCGAAUCUAGGAAGUAAGAAGAAGAAGGGUACAGUGCUGGGGGUGAAUGAUGGCAAGUUGGCGGGUGCUAUUUGCGAGGUGAUCGACGGCAUCAGAUGUCUUUACACGGGGGUUGUUACGGAGAUAGUACGCGGAAUUAGG